AUGGAUGCAUUUGGUGACAACUUUGUCAUUGAAACCGAAGUGGAUCCUGUAGCAGAAUUUGUAGCAAGAGAACAGGAUCAAUUGGCAGGACUUGAAGAUGAGAUUCCUCCAGUUUCUAUUACUGCUCCUGCAACAAUAUCAAAUACAGAUGUUGGUCCAGGUGGUGAUGCUGAAGGUAGCUUUGAAAUAAUAGAUGCAGUUGGACAGCCUACUGAUGCACAAGCACCACCAAUAAUAGAAACUGCAUCGAAACCUCCUCCAGUAAAAGAAGAACCUGAAAAAAUACGAAAGUGGAGAGAAGAACAGAAAGCUAGACUAAAGAAAAAAGAUGCUGAAGAAGAGAAAAAGAAAGAGGAAUAGGAAGCAGCAAGAAAAGAGCUAGAGGAAUGGUAUAAACAUCAUGCAGAAGCUAUCAGUAAAACAAAAACUACAACAGGUAAUAAACGCAGGAAAAACAUUUGUAGCGAAGCUGAUGAAGUGGAACCAGGAACUGAAUGGGAAGCAUCGCAAAAACUUUGCGACUUUAACCCAAAAUCUUCCCGUGCUUCUAAAGAUGUAUCUCGAAUGCGGUCAAUUAUUUUACAAUUGAAACAAACUCCACCAGCUCCUGUCAGUCUUGAUUAAAUAAUUUGGUAUGAAUUAUAGAUAUUCAUAUACAUAUUCAUAUAUAUAUAUAUAUAUUAAACGUAUUCAAUGAAAGAAACAGUAUAUACAAAUUACGAUAUAAUUGGGAAAAAGAUCAUAAGUGAUCAGUGAAAAAAAAUAUAAUGUUACUGUGAAUAAAUAUUAUUAAUAGCAAG